AUGAGUGAUCCAGAACCCUGCAGAAUGAAACACACUGAAGAUACUGAACAACAAAGAGAGCUGAUAGAAGUGAAGGAGGAGAGUGAAGAACUGAGUGAAGUGGAGGAGGAACAUCAUGACAAACCUGGAGAAAAACCUUUGAGUCGCUCAAAGACUAAAAAGACAUUUCUAAAGAAAAGAGCCAAGAAAUCUACAACCUGCACUCAGUGUGGAAAGAGUUUCUCAACCAAACAAUAUCUUGAGAUUCACAUGAGAGUUCAUACAGGAGAGAAGCCGUUCACAUGUGAUCAGUGUGGGAAGAGUUUCAGUCAAUCAUCAAACCUUAAAGCACACAUGAGGAUCCACACUGGAGAGAAGCCGUUCACAUGUGAUCAAUGUGGGAAGAGCUGCACGCGAUCAUCACACCUUAAAGAACACAUGACGAUCCACACCGAAGCGAGACCGUUCACAUGUGAUCAGUGUGACAAAACAUUUUGUGGGGAAUCAACCUUAAAGAAACACUUGCAAAUUCAUACAAAGGAGAAGCCAUAUUCAUGUUCUGUGUGUGAAAAGAAUUUUUCACUGCUGUCAUAUUUAUACGCACAUGAGAAAACGCACACUGGUGUGAGAGAGCACAUGUGCUUUGAGUGUGAGAAGACUUUUACUGCAAAUGGUUUAAAACUGCACCAGAGAAUUCACACUGGAGAAAAACCUUACAAGUGUUCACAUUGUGACAAGGGAUUCAGUGUGUCAUCACAUCUGAAAACACAUGAGAGAAUUCACACUGGAGAAAAACCUUACAAGUGUUCACAGUGUGACAAGAGAUUCAGUCAGUCUUCAUCUCUAAAAACACAUGAGAGGAUCCACAGCAGAGAGAAGCCGCACACGUGUGAUCAGUGUGGAAAGAGUUUCACUAUUAAAAAUCAGCUGAAGAUACACAUGAAGAUCCAUGCAGUGGAGAAACCACAUCACCAGUCUGAAAUCAUGAUAAGUAGUUCAUCUAAUGUGCUGAGAAAAAAUGUAUUUUCUGUGUAAGUUAGAUACAGCCAAAUCUCUCCUCUCCACAUAUAGUUGGCGCUGUUGAAUUAUCCAGGUUGUGGAUGAGGAGAGACCCCGAAAUGCCUCAUUCAUCCAUUCAUUCAUUCAUAGUUAGCCAUUUAUCAAUAUGCGCUCUUAUCUGUACUUGUGUGAAACGUCAUCAGUCGCUGUCCAAGUACUGUUCCAAUUCAAAGUUCACAUCUAGCCAAUUCAGUUCAAAUCCCCGGAUGUGUUCUUGAUCCACCCCUUUUAUCGAGGAUGCAUCGAGAGGUGACUUGCACAGACUUGAGAGAGCCAGGUGCAUUGUGCACUAACCAGCAAGCAUCAUUAGUAAAGCAGAAAACCUGUAAUUUAAACAUAUUACUGUUAUUAUGUCAUGAUAUGUAGUAUUAAGAGUUUUCAGGCAUGUGGGAAUGUACUGGUUUAAAGCUCAAAUUUGUGGUUUAUUGAUAAAAAGUAGCACCUAUUUGGAGUUGUGAGAUCCAGGCGAUCACCGGGCGCUCAUGUACCCCGCUGAGAACAGCCUAACCUUGGCUUAUCCUUCUGACGUUUGCCGCUGGCUCUGAUGUCUCUGUAGUGGUUGAACAUAAUAUAAUUCUUUUAUAAAUCUAAUGGGUGAUCUUUGGUCUCAUAAAUCUAUAAUCUCAUAACUUUAUAUAGUUAGGCAUUAUAGUUUACUGUUGUAGCCUGCUAGAGCGCUGAUUUUGUAUGUUUGACUGAAUCGUUUGCUUUAUUUUUUAAUAAAAGCUACACAUCAUGUUGAGAUCCAAAGAAAUUCAGGAACAAAUGAAAAAAGAAAGUAAUUGAGAUCUAUCAGUCUGGAAAAGGUUAUAAAGCCAUUUCUAAAGCUUUGGGACUCUAGCAAACCACAGUGAGAGCCAUUAUCCACAAAUGGCGAAAACAUGGAACAGUGGUGAACCUUCCCAGGAGUGGCCGGCCCACAAAAAUUACCCCAAGAGUGCAGCAACGACUCAUGCAAGAGGUCACAAAAGACCCCACAACAACAUCCAAAGAACUGCAGGCCUCACUUGCCUCAGUUAAGGUCAGUGUUUAUGACUCCACCAUAAGAAACAGACUAGGCAAAAAUGGCCUGCAUGGCAGAGUUCCAAGACAAAACCGCUGCUGAGCAAAAAUAACAUAAAGGCUUGUCUCAGUUUUGCCAGAAAACAUCUUGAUGAUCCCCAAGACUUUUGGGAAAAUACUCUGUGGACUGACGAGACAAAAGUUGAAUGUUUUGGAAAGUUUGUGUCCCAUUAUGUCUGGUGGAAAAGUACCACAGCAUUUCAGAAAAAGAACAUCAUACCAACAGUACAAUAUGGUUGUGGUAGUGUGAUGGUCUGGGGCUGUUUUGCUGCUUCAAGAUCUGGAACACUUGCUGUGAUAAAUGGAACCAUGAAUUCUGCUGUCUACCAAAAAAUCCUGAAGGACAAUGUCCGGCCAUCUGUUCAUGACCUCAAGCUGAACUGAACUUGGGUUCUGCAGCAGGACAAUGAUCCAAAACACACCAGCAAGUCUACCUCUGAAUGGCUGAAGAAAAACAAAAUGAAGACUUUGGAG